AAGUGGGGUACCGGAAGCGACAGUUGCUAUGGAGCCCGCGGAGGACUGGCUGGUGGAAUCCUUGCGCUUGUACCAGGAUUUCCAUGCAUUCGACCUCUCGGGAGCCACUCGAGUCCUUGAAUGGAUUGGUGACAAAGGAAUCUUGGUUGCUGGCUAUGAAAGCCUGAAAAAAAAUGAGAUUCUUCAUCUGAUAUUACCUCUCAGACUUUCUGUAAAAGAAAACCAGGGCUUACUCCCUGAAAGAGAUUUCAAGGUACGCCAUGGAGGAUUUUCAGACAGAUCUGUCUUUGAUCUGAAGUAUGUGCCAGACACCAGGUUGCUGGUGACCAGUGGCCUUCCCGGUUGUUACCUGCAGGUGUGGCAGAUUGCGGAGGACAGCGAUGUCAUCAAGGCUGUCAGCACCAUUGAUGUGCGCGAGAAGGAGGGGCGUCUCUGGCCCAGGGUGGCCAUCUUCUCGUCGGCGGCGCCCGGAGUCCUCCACGGGGCCAGGCUCAGCAGUCUGAAGGUGGUGGAUCUGGAAUCACAGAAGACCACGUACAGCUCAGGUGUCAGUGACGGCGAGUUGCUGAGUAGCCUGCAGGUCCUGGACGCAGACACCUUUGCUUUCUGCUGCACCUCGGGCCGCCUGGGGCUUGUCGACACCCGCCAGAAGUGGACCCCGUCAGAGAACCUCAGGCCCGGAUCUGGGUCCGCUGGAGGGAGGUGGUGUGCAGAAGCUGGGGGCCGGGGCCCUGGGCCCAGCAUUGCCAGCCUUGGCUCGGACGGGCAGCUCUGUCUUCUUGACCCCCGGGAUCUCUGCCAUCCGGUGAGCUUGGUCCAGUGCCCAGUGUCCACGCCUAGCCCUGACCCAGAGCUGCUGCGAGUGACUUGGGCUCCAGGCCUGGACAACUGCUUGGCCACUUCAGGUUUUGAUGGGACGGUCCAGGUCUAUGACGUCACGUCUUGGGGUGGAACGGGGCACCAAGUAGAACCUGUCUUCACUCACAAAGGUCACAUCUUCCUAGACGGCAAUGGGAUAGACACUGCUCCACUGGUCACCACCCACACCUGGCACCCCUGCAAACCGAGGACUUUGUUGUCCGCAGCAAGUGAUGCCUCUCUGCACGUAUGGGACUGGGUGGACCUCCAUGCUGCCUGCUGACUCCAGCAUCUUUCUGCCCAGGCCCUAGGAAGCUGCUAUAUAGCAAGGAUGUUGAUUCAGGAUUCAGGUGACCACAGAGCCCUGUUACCAGCUGAGUGGCCGUGGGUAAGUUAACCAGCCUCUCAGUCCCAGUUUCUUUAUUUGUAGAAUGAGACUGGUAAUAACUACCUGGCAGGACUGUUGGGAAAGUUAGAAGUAACAUAUUUAAAAAUAACUGGUAAGGGGACUUCCCUGGUGGCACAGUGGUAAAGACUCCGUGCUCCCAAUGCAGGGGGCCCGGGUUCAGUCCCUGGUCAGGGAACUAGAUCCCACAUGCAUGCUGCAACUAAGAGUUCGCAUGUCACAACUAAGGAGCCCGUCUGCCGCAACUAAGACCCAGCACAACCAAAUAAAUAAUAAAAAUAAUAAUAGUAACCGGUAGGAUGCAUGGCACAAUAAAUAUUUGGUAGCUACUCUUAGAUCUGGGAGCCCCAUUUCCCCCAAGUGUAAAAUGGCAGCGUUUUACCCCUGUCUGCAUUCACAAUAUCAUGGAAUCUGAAGAGCCAACGGAUGUAAAGAGGUUUUGUGAACUUUUUUACAGACGUGAAAAUGUAUAGUGACAGAUAAUCAUGAAAAAAGUCAACCCCAGUAGCAAUGAAGGAAAUAGCAAUUAAAAUAAGGUUAUGCCAUUUUUAUCUACUAAAUUGCCAAAUUUUAAAACAUUUUUGCCUUGAACAGCUGAUAAAGGUUACAUGGUACACAAUUCAGAAGGUACAGAGGAGCAGCUUGGUUCUUUAUCCCAGUUGUAUGAUGUACCAUUGUUCAGUUGAACCAUAAUUUAUAUAUCCAGGCUUCUGUUAUGUGGCAAUUAAAAUUUUCUAAUCCUUUGAAAUUACAAA